CGGUACAGGGUUAAUACGUUUGUUGUAACUGGUUGCUGCAACCUGCCUGUGGGACUGCAACCGUGAAUGCAGUGUUUCUAACUGUUGUCUUUCCCGUCAUGUCCGUCCUUGCAGCAACCGGUCACUAUUCUUCGUCAGCUUCAACGUCUUCGACAGUCCCACAUCCACGUGCGUCAUGGCCAGUUCAAGCAAGGCCACCACCGCAGCCAAAGGAAAGUCCCAGUCCAAGCACCCCGUGUUCAUGGCCCAGCCGGAGGAAAGACAGAAAAGUUUGCAGAACGAGAAGACCAUGUACAAGUGGAUUGAGCAAGGGAAGGAGGCGGACCCAAAAGGGUAUGGGCAGUGCAGGGUGAGAAGUAGGCUGUGCAACCAGUUGUUCACAGCAUCGAAGUCAUGUGCGAAGCAACAUUUCCUGAAGAAGAGAGCAGCAUGUCCUUACCGCACGGGGGAGAUUCUCCAUUUGUUGGAGUUGGAUGGAGCUAACAUUAAAGAAGGUGGUGCAACAACUCAGACAAUGCUGCAUAAGUACAGAAURGAUAAUGGCAUCGGCGAGGACUGCGGCUUGGAAGCGGAGCCAGUGCGUCAGGCAGCAACGGAGUUGGAGCGGCAUAUUGUCCCACCGCCUGCACCGGGGAGGGACUCUAUUGUAAACAUUGACACCGCACAAGAACCUGAGCCUGCCGAUCCAGAUGUGGUGGUGGGAGAUGAGAUGGCCCCUGGUCCGUCAGUGGCUUUGAAUAUUGUGUAUGACAAUGUUCGGGCAGAGGUGCGGCCGCUUAUGGACAAGUGGGACAUCAGCGGUUGCACUCUCAUCACCGAUGAGACCCAAGACAGGAAGUCGAGGGCUGUGUUGAACUUUGUAGCGGCUGGAGAGAGCGGGGCUGUGCUCAUCAAGGUUGUGGAUGUCUCUGAUGGGAAGAAAAACACGAGAGCAUUGGCAAAGUUAUGGGAAGAGGUGAUAAGGGAGAUCGGUGUUUACAAGGUCAAUGCAAUCUGCACUGACAAUGCAUCAGCGAACAAGCGAGCGGCGAAACUCCUGUCAAUGAGGACUGACAAAGCCAUUGCGAAGAUUCCUUGGAUCCCUUGUGCUGCCCACGCCCUGAGCUUGCUACUGAAAGACAUAUCCAACAUCGCAUGGAUCAAGACGGUGUGGAAGAAGGGAAGGAAUUUGAUGAAGUUCAUCAAGAAUCACCAAAGCACGAUAGGGUUGCUGAGUCGGUGUUCCAUGGGAGACAGGAAGGUGCUUGUCAUGCCAACGGAGUUGUUGCGGGUUCCCAGGAGCACGACUGAUGGGUUCAUUGACCUGUGGGCAACCUUCUUCAACGAGCUUGAGGCACCUCCGGUGACGAACGAUGCAGCCAAGGAUCGCCGUGAAGUGGACAAGGAGGAGGAGGCGGCGAGGGUUGCACGCCUGAAGAAAAUUCCGAAAGGGAGGCUUCCCGCUGGCUUGUUCAGCGAUGAUUCUGGGAGCAGUGACAACGAGGACUUGGUGUGGUGUGACAAGGUGGAAAACAGGGUACAUCCAGCACGAGGUGGGAAGGGGAAAGGGAAGGCCGAUGUUGUUAAAGACGAGGAGGACGAGUGGGAUGAUGAUGAUGAUGAUGAUGACAACGACUCGGAUUUUAAAAUUCGUCCACGCACGGGCUGCAUGGACUCAGACACGAACGGAGGACGGGCCGACUUGUGGGACGUGCCUGAAGCAACGUGUCACUUGGACAGUGGUGAUGACCUCAUCGUGGAGGACAGUGAGGCACGUGAUCGCAGGGUCAGAGCGGAAGCACAAUCUCUGGCGGACAGGGAUCGUGUAAUGGUGCAACAACAUAUGGCAGAGGAAAACUCACGUCGACUAGCAGUCCCCGCACACCUGAGAACCGUGGAGGGGCAUGUGCAGCAGCAGGCCGAGCAACGACCACAGGAGCUGGUGCAACAGCUGGUGGAGCAGAAUCCGCAGCGGGUGGUGCGGCAGCAGCAGGAGCGGCGCCCUCAGCAGAAGUAGCAUGAGGUAGAGCCAGGGCAGCAGCAAGUGGAGAAGCAGUUGAAGC